AUGGUUCUGUUCUCCCUCGCAAUCGGCCUGGCGCCAUUGCUUGCAACCGCCCAACUUUCCGGCUCAGUUGGCCCGACCACUUCAUUCUCGACGAAAAGCAACCACAAAGUCUGCAACGUUCUUGACUACGGCAGUGUGGCAGAUAAUUUGACUGAUGUCGGCCCAGCCAUCAGCUCUGCGUGGAACGAAUGCAAAGAGGGCGGCAUUGUCUACAUCCCAUCUGGCGACUACGCAGUCGAGACAUGGGUGACACUUCUGGCGGCAGCAGCUCAUACCACCGACUUCGAGCUCUUCAGCUCGACUUCCAAGGGUGCCGUGCAGGGGUUCGGAUAUGAGUUCCAUGCAAAGGGAUCCCUGAGCGGAGCACGUAUCCUGCGUUUGGCUGAUGUCUCUGGCUUCUCUGUUCAUGACCUCGCACUGGUGGAUGCUCCUGCUUUUCAUUUCUCUUUGGAUACUUGUUCUAACGGCGAGGUGUACAACAUGGCUAUUCGUGGUGGGGACUCGGGUGGCCUGAAUGGCAUCGAUGUGUGGUCUAACAACAUUUGGAUUCAUGAUGUUGAGGUCACUAACAAGGGUGAAUGUGUCACGGUUAAGGCCAUGGCAAUGCCUACUCCCUCAACAUCGACGAGGAAUGGAGCAGUAUGUCCCAAAGUCGAUGGCGACGGCGUCCAGCUUAACAACAUCACCACCCGCAACUGGAAGGGCACCGAAUCCAACGGCGCGCAGCGAGGUCCGAUCAAAGUGAGCUGUGCCAACGGCGCGCCGUGCACCGACCUCACCAUCGAGGACUUUGCCAUGUGGGUCGAGUCCGGCGACAAACAGACCUACGUCUGUCACAGCGCGUAUGGCUCUGGUGCAUGCCUCCGAGACGAGGAUAAGCAUGCUUCUUACAGUACCACCGUCGCUGUCACAGCAGCUCCGUCAGGCUAUUCUGCUGCCACGAUGGCAUCGGAUCUAUCGAGUGCAUUUGGGACUGACUCGCCCAUUCCGAUCCCAGCCAUCCCUACUUCGUUCUACCCUGGAGUGACGCCGUAUGGUGCUUUGGCUGGUGCUCGAUCGAGUUCUGCGUAG